GUUUGUCGUCUACUUCAACAGCGCCAUUCUUGCUUUCUUCCCGGUGAAAAUAAGAAAAGGAACUGAAAUGGGCACUUUCUACAGCCGUAUCAGAUCUCGCGCUGGGCCAAGUGUCAGCGCUGCAGCUCAGAGUGGAAGUCACAUUAUAGCUCCUGUACUCACCAACAAUACAAUAACAGGCGAUGUCCACUUCCUACAUAAUGCACAUGGUUUCACUUUUGAUCGCCCACACUCUGAAACAACACAAACGUCAGCAACAAGAUCAUUGAUUUUCAAACAUAAGACACGGAUCUGCACAGAGUAUCAGUAUGUGACUGAGUAUAACUCUCUGCCUGGUGAACGAGUGCUGCUGUCUGAGCGCUACACACAACCUCUGAUUCUUCAGAGACAUAGAGAUCAAAAAGAGAGAGAAGAAGAGCUCCGCUCCAGUGGAGAGGACUUCCAGCAGGUCCUCAGCUCCAGGAGUGGUGAUGAAUCUUCCCAUCUGAACUCUCUGUUCAACCCAGAUGGCCAUGGGAUCAGUCCUAGUUCUGUUAUACUGCAGGGAAAUUCAGGGAAUGGGAAGACCUUAAGUGUGCAGAAGAUCAUGAUGGACUGGGCAUCUGAUAAACUCUACAAAGAGCGGUUUGCUAUUGUGUUCCACUUAAAGUGUAAAGAAAUAAACCGCAUUCCUGGCAUAAUGAGUUUGGUGGAGGUCUUGAGCUACAGCUGCAGUUUAACAUCAGAUGAGAUCUCACAGAUACUGCAGCAGUCACCAGAGAAGAUGCUUUUUAUCAUUGAUGGAUUUGAUGAGCUGAGACUCACACAAGACAUUUAUGACAUGUCACCUCACACUGAUGGGAUUCAGAAAGCUCCAGCUGAGGUCACUCUUUGUGCCCUGUUGAGGGGUCACAUCUUGCCAGAGUCCUUCCUGCUGGUCGCCACCAGAUCUACAGCUACAGACACACUGAGCAAGCUGCUCAAAGGACCUCAGCGUUUCACUGAGAUUAUGGGUUUCUCUGAGAAGGGGGUGGAGGAGUACUUCCAGAAGUUCUUUCAGGAUGAGGAACUUUUCAAGAGGGCUUAUACAUUUGUGAAGACAAAUGAAAACCUCUUCACCACCUGCUCCAUCCCUGUGAUCUGCUGGAUCAUCUGCACAACUAUCAAGGAACGUUUCAGAGUUGGUGCAGAUGUGACAAGCGUAUUGGAAACCACCACCUCCAUUUAUGUUGACUUUGUGUCCACUCUACUGAAGCAUCACUGCCAGGGUUUGAGUCAGUCUGUGCCGAACCUGCUGAGGAGUCUGGGUCAGCUGGCAGAGAGAGGGAUGCUGGAACAACAAGUCUUGUUGGAUGAGAAAACUGUUUAUGAAACAAUUUCAGACCCUGUUGCCAAUCCAUUUCUUUGCAAGUUCCUCUUUAAAAGAAGAAUCUGCCAAGAGACGAUGUUCAGUUUCAUGCAUCUCAGCUUUCAGGAGUUCCUCACCGCUCUCCUUCAGUGUGCU